GCUUAGGCAUGCGCGAAACAGUUUGACCACUUGACACCCGAACCACGUACAUAAGAGGAGAGUUUAGGUGGUUUUCAGCGCAGAGCCCAGACCACAAACCCGCUAUGAUGAUGAUGUACUCGUUGUGUGCAGUGUUGCUGUCCCUGGCGUUCAUGAGGACGUCAAAAGCCCACGAAGUAACUAUAGAGUUUGACGAACUUACUCUCACAAACUGUCGCUUGCGCAAUCGAGCCGAUGCUUCAAAUAAGAAAACGGUUGCUCUUUACAACACUGAGUCCUUGACAUAUGAUCUAUGCUUGACGAAAGAAAAAACAUUUAGGAUGGACAAAAUGCGAUACUCCAAUGAUGGCCUGAAGGAUCUCAUAACCAUCUCUGUUAAUGACAGAGAGAUUGGAAGGGUAGAAACACGAGAACUGUCUGGAAAUGGUGAAUUGUGGAAUAAUAUUUUGGAAGUUGUAAACAUUGGAGUUGAAAGAAGACUUGCUGCAGGAAAUUAUUCGUUGACAGUGACGGCAGACCAUGCUGACCUGUAUGGAGUGGAGUUGGACUCACUGACAUUUAGUCUGGAUGGAACAAGUCCAGAUGACAACAGCCAGUGCACGGCAACACAGGGCGACACGUCAGCGGCUCUGUUGGUGGGGUGCUUUCCAGAGCUAAAGGUAUGCAACAACCCUCCUCCCUUGGCUAACGCAGAUGUAUCCUCUGAAGGACAGUUUGUGGGAGCAAGGGCCAAGUAUACCUGUAGGCCUGGGUUCCUGUUCUGUGGGAGUAGUGCCAAGCAACGCUGUUCCAGCACGGGCGAGUGGAAUGGACUCAACGGCCAAUGUAACAGGGCUCUAUGGAUAAACCCGUCCUUUCACUUGCAGUCGGUCAACUUCGAGGCGGCUAUCCCCUGUGGGAUGACAGUGGGGUCCCGGGUCGAGAUCAUCGCCACGCCCACCGCCAGCACACGAUUUGAAAUGGUCCUGUUGUCCGACAACUCUGUGCUACUGAACAUGGACGUGCGCUUCAACAGCUCCUCCAAGCAGCAAAACAUUUACCUGUCGGGCACCAAAGUCCACACCUUUCCCUUUGCCGUCGGUACUACAUUCCGGGCCGAGAUAGCACGGGACGUCCAAACAUACAAGGUGAGCUUGGACGGGAACUUCGUCUGUGAGCAAACCGACAACUUCCUCGACAUAAACCCAGAUCGUUUGAUCAUCAACAAUGAUAUCUCCAUUCAGGAAGUGAAAUACAUCAGGCCUUGACGUGGAAACUGCCGUUCAAGGCAUCAUCGGAUCUGAUCGCUGAAUUCGCUCAGAAAUAUUCAAUAUUGUUGAUUUUAUUGAAAUAAAUAAGGUUUUCACCUCUUUUCUUCCAAAUAA